AACGAGAUUUGACUGAUUCGUCCUAUAAAGCAACAGCACCGCACCAUCCACUCUGUCUGGUGUGAGCCAGCCCUAAACUCGACCAAGCACAUCGACAACAACAAUCGCCAGUAUGGACGUUCUGCUUGAUAUCCUCGACACUUUCGUCUUCGAUCGGGUCUAUGCCUCAGUGCUUCCGAGCUAUGAGAUGUAUCCGGGCAAUGCGACCAUGGAGACUCAAUUCCUCUACAACCAGCACAUUGGCCUUUACUAUCCACUGCAAGCGUCCCAGUAUGCCAAUGCGAGCCGGUGGAAGCGGGACCAUCUCCCAAGACAGGCCCUGUCAUUAUUCUUCACCAUGUGGAUAUUCGGUGUUCUCAUGUACCUCAUUGGCAGCACGAUCCUGUACCACACCGUUUUCGACAAGUCUCUGAUGAAGCAUCCACGAAUCCUGCACCAGCAGAUCCGACAGGAGAUCAAGCAGGGACUAUUUGCCAUGCCUGUUAUGUCCAUCCUCACUGUUCCAUUCUUCCUGCUGGAAGUCCGUGGAUGGUCCAAGCUAUAUGACUUCGCGAGCCAGGAGCCCUUCCCUGGAUAUUCGUAUCUUCAAUACCCGCUUUUCAUCUUCUUCACGGACACGGGAAUCUACUGGAUCCACAGAUGGGAGCAUCAUCCCUCCGUCUAUCGUUUCUUGCACAAAAAGCACCACAAGUGGGUCGUGCCGACACCGUACGCCAGCUAUGCGUUCAACCCUUUCGAUGGCUGGGCCCAGAGUCUGCCCUACCACAUCUUCCCAAUGCUGUUCCCUCUGCAGAAGUGCGCUUACCUGGGACUGUUUGUAUUCGUAACUAUGUGGACCCUCGCAAUCCACGAUGCCGAAUGCCUCUCGCGUUCUGCAGUGAUCAACGGACCCGAGUGUCAUACGCUGCAUCAUCUGUACUUCAACUAUAAUUAUGGGCAAUUCACCACGUUCUGGGACCGCUUGGGUGGCACAUAUCGCAAAGCCAAGGGCGACGAAUUGAAGCAUAAGAACGAGUAAGAGAUAUGAUGUCGCAUAGAUGGUCCAAAGGAGCUGGAUUUCAAACCAUCAAGGCGUGUUCGGUAUGUGUUAGCUUUAUUGUAUGCUGUACAUAGAUGUAUGAUAUGAGCACUGUAAUAAUCAAUAUGAACACCGUGAUUCAAUCAAGGUGUUCCUUCUUCCGCCG